AAUGCGACAUCAUCUUUGUCAGUGAACAAAAUGGCGCCGUACUGUGUCCUGGCGACUCGCCUGCAGCAAGUCCUGAGUAAAGGGGUACGGCGUUACCAUGUAGCUCCCGUCCUGUGCCAGAGGGCCAAGGUGGCCAUGAGCCACUUUGAGCCUAAUGAAUACAUAAAUUAUGAAAUGCUUGAGAAAAACAUCAAUAUCGUCCGUAAAAGGCUAGACCGUCCCCUGACCCUGUCUGAAAAGAUUGUAUAUGGGCACCUGGAUGACCCCGUGAAACAAGAUAUCGAGCGUGGCAAAACCUAUCUGCGCCUGCGGCCAGACCGCGUAGCCAUGCAGGAUGCGACUGCUCAGAUGGCAAUGCUGCAGUUCAUCAGCAGUGGCCUGCCCAGGGUGGCGGUGCCCUCCACAAUCCACUGUGAUCACCUCAUUGAAGCCCAGUUAGGGGCUGAGAAGGAUCUUCGGAGAGCUAAGGACAUUAACCAGGAGGUGUACAACUUCCUAGCAACAGCAGGUGCCAAGUAUGGAGUAGGGUUCUGGAAACCUGGAUCGGGAAUCAUUCACCAGAUCAUCCUGGAGAACUACGCGUACCCUGGGGUUUUGCUCAUCGGUACGGAUUCCCACACCCCCAAUGGAGGUGGCCUGGGUGGAAUCUGCAUAGGAGUGGGUGGAGCCGAUGCAGUAGAUGUCAUGGCAGGCAUCCCCUGGGAGCUCAAAUGCCCAAAGGUUAUUGGCAUCAAACUGACUGGCGAGCUGUCAGGCUGGAGCUCUCCUAAAGAUGUGAUCCUGAAAGUGGCUGGCAUCCUCACUGUGAAAGGUGGCACAGGUGCCAUCAUUGAGUAUCAUGGGCCUGGUGUGGACUCCAUCUCCUGCACUGGAAUGGCAACUAUCUGUAACAUGGGGGCGGAGAUUGGUGCCACCACCUCCCUUUUCCCAUAUAACCACCGGAUGAAGAAAUACUUGAGCAAGACUGGACGAGCUGAAAUCGCUGCUUUGGCAGAUGAAUUCCAGGCACACUUGGUGCCUGAUGCUGGCUGCGAAUAUGACCAGCUGGUUGAAAUUAACCUCAGCGAGCUGAAACCCCAUAUCAAUGGGCCUUUCACGCCAGACCUGGCGCAUCCUGUGGCAGAUGUUGGCACUGUGGCAGAAAAGGAGGGCUGGCCAGUGGAUAUUAGAGUUGGUCUGAUUGGCAGUUGCACCAAUUCAAGCUAUGAGGAUAUGGGGCGUGCUGCUGCAGUGGCAAAGCAGGCCCUAGCACAUGGGCUGAAAUGCAAGUCUCAGUUCACUGUCACACCUGGCUCGGAGCAGAUCCGCGCCACCAUUGAAAGAGAUGGCUAUGCUGGAAUCCUGCGGGAUGUUGGAGGGGUGGUUCUUGCCAAUGCCUGUGGGCCAUGCAUUGGGCAGUGGGACAGGAAAGACACCAAGAAAGGAGAGAAGAAUACAAUUGUUACAUCCUAUAACAGAAAUUUCACAGGCCGCAAUGAUGCUAACCCAGAGACGCAUGCAUUUGUGACCUCUCCAGAGAUUGUCACAGCCCUGGCUAUUGCUGGCACCCUGAAAUUUAACCCUGAGACAGACUCCCUGACUGGAGCCGAUGGGAAGAAGUUUAAACUAGAAGCACCUGAUGCAGAUGAGCUGCCUACACUGGAGUUUGACCCAGGCCAGGACACCUAUCGGCAUCCCCCCAAAGAUAGAAGUGGGCAGCAUGUAGAUGUAAGCCCCACCAGCCAGCGCCUGCAGUUACUUGAGCCCUUUGAUAAGUGGGAUGGCAAGGAUCUGGAAGACAUGCUGAUCCUCAUCAAGGUGAAAGGGAAAUGUACUACCGACCACAUCUCUGCAGCCGGUCCAUGGCUCAAAUUCCGUGGCCAUCUGGACAAUAUCUCCAACAACCUGCUGAUUGGAGCCAUCAAUAUUGAGAAUGGCAAGGCCAACUCAGUGCGGAAUGCAUUAAACCAGGAGUUUGGGCCAGUCCCAGACACAGCCCGCUACUACAAGAAAAAUGGCAUCAAAUGGGUGGUUGUUGGGGAUGAAAACUAUGGUGAGGGAUCGAGUCGGGAACAUGCAGCAUUGGAACCACGUCACCUGGGAGGCAGAGCCAUCAUCACAAAGAGCUUUGCCAGGAUUCAUGAAACCAACCUGAAGAAGCAAGGCCUGCUGCCUCUAACUUUUGCUGACCCAGCUGACUACAACAAGAUUCAUCCUGUGGACAAGCUGAGCAUUGUGGGUCUGGCAGACUUUGCACCUGGAAAGCCCCUGAAAUGCAUCAUCAAGCAUCCCAAUGGGAGUCAGGAAACAAUCAUGCUGAACCACACCUUCAAUGAGACGCAGAUAGAAUGGUUCCAGGCGGGCAGUGCCCUGAACAGAAUGAAGGAGAUGCAGCAACACUAAAACAGCUGCACAUAGGACCCAGUGGACUUGGCUCUGACAUUUUAAUAGAAGUGCAAUUCCAUGGCUGCUGGACAUAAAUGUCUGAUCAAAUGUAACCAUAGCUUCUUUUUCGUAGCUGUAUUAGUUCACUGACACUGAACAGGGAGUGCAGCUCAGCUUGCUGCGUCUUGGUUUCCAAAUUCCCCAGCUCUUUGGUUCAGAUUUCACUUGUAUUUAUUUUUGAAGAUAACUGCUCAGUUGGCUUUUUCUGCCCAAUCAUUUCAUGGAUGGCUGAAGAAAUUUAAAGUAGGACUUUUUGGUUCUUGUGAAAAUAUAAAAUCCAAAAUAAAGAUUGUGUUGGACAUC